GUUGCUGUGCUGCGUUCUAAGCCAAGUGCAAGCCUUUGAUAUCUGUCUAUAUAAACUUGUUCCUAUCAGUCCAUAUUUCCCAUACCAGCGUUGCCUACACCUCUAUCUAUUCAUCUUUCUAGAGCUAGCUCUACGUUCCUUGCCAUAGGGCAUUCUUCUUACAGAAAGUAAGACCUCAUAAAGCUCUGAUAACUCUCUUUCCAGGUUUCCAUUUUCCUUGCACUGCAACUUCCUUUGUAACUUUUCCACAAAAAAGCUUGUUACUUAGUUUCCAAUGGCUUCCACUGGCUCCGAAAAACCCUCUUUACCUGGUUCGAACUACGUUGUUUUUCUCAGUUUUCGGGGUGAGGACACCCGCCAUAGCUUUACAGACCAUUUAUACAUGGCAUUUACAUUGAGAGGCAUUGAAACCUUUAGAGACAGCGAAAAACUCCAACUAGGACAAGAAAUUGCUUCUGAGCUCAUACAAGCAAUAGAAAAUUCCCAGUAUGCAAUCGUUGUUUUCUCAGAAAAAUAUGCCGAUUCCAAGUGGUGCUUGGAUGAACUUGCUGAAAUUAUUGAAUGCAAAAAAAAUAAGGGACUUGAAGUGGUGCCCGUCUUUUACCAUGUAGAUCCCUCCGACGUACGGAACCAGACUGGGCCAUUUGAAAAAGACUUUGACAAACAUCAGAAAAAUGACAAAAUCGACAGAGAGAAGAUCCAGAAAUGGAAGGAUGCUAUGAGAGAAGUGGGGAAAUUAUCCGGCAAGCAUUUACUGCCACAUCAAGGGUCUGAGGCAGAAUGUAUCCAAGACAUUGUGGAAGUGAUAUUAAAUAAAUUGGAUAAUACCUUCUCAACACAUACCUUCUCAGAACUAAUAGGAAUGGAAUCCCGAGUUGAGAAAUUGAAGUCACACUUAGCUAUGGAGUCAAAUGAUGUUUGCAUUAUAGGAAUUUGGGGGACAGGAGGAAUGGGUAAGACAACUCUUGCUAGAGUUGUUUAUGAAAUGAUUUCCAAUAAAUUUGAAGCUUGUAGUUUUAUCGCUAAUAUUAGGGAAGAAUCUAUAAAAUGUGGUUUACAUAAGAUACAACAAAUACUUUUGAGGGAACUUUUGAAUUAUAGAGAUUUGGAGGUGCACAAUGAUUAUACUGGAGUUUCCAUGAUACAAAGUAGGUUACGUAACAAAAAGAUUCUUCUUGUUCUUGAUGACGUAAAUGAUUUAGAGCAAUUGAAUAAGUUAGCUGGGGAGCGUUGUUGGUUUGGUUCAGGUAGUAGAAUUAUGAUAACAACAAGAGAUAAGCAUUUGUUGGAGUUGCAUGAAGCAAAUGAAAUAUAUGAGGUUGAAGAAUUGAAUCAUGAUGAAGCUCUUAAACUUUUUAGUUUGAAAGCUUUUAAAAUGGACCAUCCAAUUGAAGAUUAUGGAAAGCUAUCUCAAGAUUUUGUAGAUUAUUGUAAGGGGCUUCCGUUGGCCCUUGAAGUUUUGGGUUCUUUCUUGUUCAAAAAAAGCAUUGCUGAAUGGAAAAGUGAAUAUGAACAGCUCACGAUUGAAUUUUGUGACAAAGGAAAAAUUCUCAAUGUGCUUAAAAUAAGUUUUGAUGGACUACAAUCAAAUGAGAAGAAUAUUUUCUUAAAUAUCGCAUGCUUUUUUAAUCACAAGCAUUUAGAUUUUGACAUAAAUAUACACUAUCUUGGGCUUUAUCCUGAAACUGGAUUAAGAGAUCUCAUUGAUAAGUCUCUCAUUAAAUUGCAUGGAAAUCAAUUGUGGAUGCAUGAUUUACUACAAGAUAUGGGCCAACAUAUAGUUUGUCAAGAGUGCAAAGAUCCUGAGGAACGUAGUAGAUUGUGGUCAUUUGACGACAUCAACAAUGUGCUGACAGAAAAUACGGGAACAAAGAAAAUUCAAUGCAUAGGACUAGAGAUGCAUGAACCAAAAAAUGUAGAAUGGAAUCUUGAGGCCUUUUCAAAGAUGCAAAAUCUAGAAUUGCUUAAAAUUUGUGGUGUUCAACUUAUGCAUGGUCUCAAACAUCUUCCUAGUAGCUUAAGAGUUCUUGAAUGGAAAGAGUACCAUUCAAAAUCGUUGACAUCAAGUUUCCUAUCAAAGUGUUUUGAGAAUUUGAAAUUCAAUGCUCUAAAGCUUACUGAAGGCCCAGACAUCAAUAACGUCCCAAAUCUUAAGAGUUUGGUUCUUGAAAAUUGUAUAAAUUUACGUAGGAUUCACCCAUCAAUUGGAAUUCAUAAAAAGCUUACUAUUCUUAAUUUAGGAUAUUGCAAGAACCUUACAAGUCUUCCAAACAAGUUUGAAAUAGAGUGUCUUACGGAACUUAAUUUUACUGGGUGCUCGAAAUUAACAGAAAUUCCAGGCUUCGGGAGAAACAUGAAACGUGUACACAACCUUUAUUUAGGUCAUACUGCAAUUACAACACUGCCCACGUCAAUUGAGCAUUUGACUGCCCUUGAUACUUUGUUUUUAUAUGGUUGCAAAAAUCUUGUGCAUUUACCUAAUACCAUUUUUAAUUUAAAGUUGGUUAGAGAAAUCUGUCUCCAGUUUUGCACAAAACUGGAUAGACUGCCAGAGAACCUAGGGAAUGCCGAAAGUCUGGAGGAGUUGGAUUUGUGGGAAACUGCUAUAAGAGAGGUCCCUUCUUCCAUUGGUCUCUUAAAACAUCUUCAUCGGCUAGUAUUAACAGAAUGUAAGGGGUUAUCAUCUAAUAAAUCGAGGUAUGAGCUCCUCCCGUUUUAUUCAAAGCCAACAAGUCCUCAACCCCCGGACUUGCUAUUCUCUUCUUUAUCUCUAUCACCUGCGUCUUCUUUGACCGUCUUGUAUUUAAAUGACUGCAAUCUCAAGGCAAUCUCCAAUGAUAUUGGUUCCUUAUUCUCUUUAGAAUUGUUGGAUCUAAGUCGAAAUGAUUUUGUUUGCCUUCCGGAAAGCAUCAUUCGACUUUCGAAAUUGAAAUGGAUGUACUUGAAUAAUUGCACAAGUCUUCGAUCAUUGCCAAAGCUUCCAUUGAAUAUUAAACUCGUUGAGGCAAAAGGUUGUAUCUCACUGGAGAUGUUACCAGAUCCAUUAAAACCAAGCGAUUCAUUGGAACCAUCUCUCAAUCUUCAAAAUUGCUUUAAAUUGGCUGACAAUCAAAGCUGCACAGACUGGUUUAUCUCAGGGAUAAAAAAGUCCCUCUCCCUCUCUCCCUCUCUCCCUCUCUCAGUCCUAAAAAAGUCAUAUAACAUUGUUUUUCCUGGAAGUGAAAUUCCUGAGUGGUUUAGCCACCAAAACAUGGGGAAAGAAGUGAAAAUAAAACUACCUUCUCAUUUGUGUAAGAACGUGGGAAUUGCUAUUUGCGUUGUGUGCCCCACGCUUGCCUAUUCGUUGAUAGCCAAUGGAAAAAGAAUUUCUAUUGCCAUUACCUCACGUAAUCAGGCUUCAUCAGAUCACCUUCAGCUAGUCUAUGUGACUCCUCAAUUCUUCAACGAGGAAUCAAAUAAAUUUUUGUCGGAAGGUGACGUGAAUGGAUUCAGUCAGAUUAGCAUUAAAGUUGAAAGCGUGAAGGCCAAAAAAUGGGGGUUCCAUAUGAUAUACAAGAAAGACAUAGAAGAUCUUGACAUGGAUGUUCUCCAUCAUAAUUUCGACAGUUUGUCAGUGGAAGUGGAAGGAAGCUCUGAUUACAAUAUGGCUGGACCCAGUGGAGAAGGAAGCUCUGAUUGUGAGGAGUCAAGUGAGUACGGGGGCUCCGAUUGGUAUGUAUAUUAUAGUGAAAGUGAAAGCUCGGAUUAUUAGUCAACAUUUUUCCCCAGGUAACUAACAGUUCAAAAAACAAAGAAAAGCCUCAACAACAGCAAGAAAAGCAAAUCCAGACCUUUAGAGAGGGUUCAACUGCAACCAAUCCUGUUGGAGGAGAGUUGCAAGGAUCUGUGAUUUACCACAAGAGAAGCGCGUUUGGAUCUAUUACUAAAUGACCUUAGCCAUCUGAUGCCUUUAUUCAAUGUUGGGAAAUCAUCAAAGACUUCAUCUUCCCAUGUAAUGCUUGUGAAGAAGAAUUGAUCAUGAGCAGGGCAAAACUGUUCAUGCUCAUUUCACAGGAUAAAACAAACCAGAAGACUUGAUCUCCAUAGGCAAGCAACUGUGCAGAAAAGGUUGUAAAAUAGAGAAGCUAUCCUGCUUUGAUUGGACCUGAUUAGAGAGCUGUACUCUCCAGAAGUAGCUGCUCAAAUUUUAGCUAUCUCAAGCUGUGGAGUUACUGAUAAGCUGCUAUGGCCUCAUACAACACAACAUACUUUGUUUUGUAGGUAUGCACAAGCCUAUGAUGCACAACAUGUUGAUUAGAGUAACUACUGGAGAGUUCCAAGGGGAGUGUGUCCAGUUGUGGAGGGAUGGCAAGUGUUGCUGACAGUUGAGGGGCACUGGCAGAGCAGAUGCAAAUGGGGUUGUUUUGCCUAUGUAGCUAAAUCAUGGGCUGGCAGAUAAUUUUUCAGCCUGUUCCAGUAAUGCCGUAUGCAAAAAAGUGAAAGCUUACUGUUUGAGAAGCAUAUUUUCCAGGUUGUUCUGGUUAGUGGAAGAUUGGAGGACCUGUGGAAAAGAAGAAGGUUCCUUGGCAACUUGGUGCGUUGAUUGAAGAACACAAGUGCAAGGAAGUUGGAGAAUGCCAGUGGUGUACAUUUGCUGUGUACAGGAGUCACUAAUGAGGUCUGCACAAGUCUCUAAUGCACAACAAGCAGAUCAAAGUAACUGCAGGAAAGUACCAAGGCAGGUGUAUCAAGUUGUGGAGGGUUGUAGGUGUUGCUGACAAUUUAGGGACGCUAGCAGAGAUAGUGUGAACGGGGUGGUUUUGGCUUUGUAGCCAAAUCAAGUGCUGGCAGGCUGUUGCAGUUCUUCCAUAUGCAACCAAAUGGCAUGCAGCUAGAUGCCCCUGUUCGGAAAGCAUUAACUAAGGCUAUACAGCUUGGUUUUUGUAGACUUGUUUCCAUCAUUUCUAAGAGUGGAGGAACUCCUUUUGAGAAGAAGGUUUCCUUGGCAACUUGCUGUGCUGAUUGAAGGCAACAAGUGCAUAGAAGUAGGAGAACAUUAGUGGUUGUAUAUUUUGUGCAUAAGAGAGUUGCUACAGAUGUUGGGGUCUUGCUGUUGCUUCAAAGUCUUUUGAACAUUUUUGGACUCUACUACCAGCCAACGCUUCAGACAUUAUUUUGUAUUAUAAACCAUACCCAAAAAGAAAAGAGAAGACAAAAAGAAAAGUUAAAUUAACACCUUUUCUGGACUAAAGCUAGUUGCAACUACAUGCAAUCAUUAACAUUGUAAGACAUCAUAUAAGAGAUUCAUGUCUUUGCGUGAAAAUCAUAUUCAUCUCUCCUUUUAGAUUCAAAUAAGAGCAAUUGAAUUAA